AUCUACGCGGAAGGAAAAAAAAUAACAUGUGACGUAAAAGCCAAGAUGGCGGCUCCCCUCUCCACGAUGAAAUUCUGGAAGCCGGGGUCUGAGGCUCCGGGGAUCUCAGAGGAGCGGGAGCUCAACACAGAGACCACUGGCUCCCCCAUCAUCUUCAACCCGCACACAGCCCUCUCCAUAGAGAAACAGCGACAGAAACUCCCCGUUUUCAAGCACAGAAACAACAUCUUAUACUUGGUGGAGAGCUUCCAGACUGUCAUCAUAGUUGGUGAGACGGGAUGUGGGAAGACAACGCAGAUACCUCAGUACCUUCUGGAGGCUGGCUGGGCAACGGAGGGGAAGGUGAUUGGAGUGACACAGCCUCGGCGCGUGGCUGCUAUCUCUGUAGCUAACCGUGUAGCAGAGGAGCGGGGGGCCCUGGUGGGACACGAGGUGGGCUACACCAUCCGAUUUGAUGACUGCUCUGAUCCCCACGCCACAAGGAUCAAGUUCCUUACAGAUGGCAUGCUGGUGCGGGAGAUGAUGGCCGAUCCUCUUUUGAAAAAAUACAGUGUGUUGAUGCUAGAUGAAGCACAUGAGAGAACCCUGUACACAGACAUAGCCAUUGGCCUGCUAAAGAAGAUUCAGAAGAAGCGGCGAGACCUGAGGCUGAUUGUGGCCUCUGCCACUCUGGAUGCCAAGAAAUUCCAUGACUUCUUCAACCUGAACGAGACCAGUGAUCCCAACAAGGACACCUGUGGAAUUCUGACAGUGGAGGGACGCACCUUUCCAGUGGACGUCUUCUACACUGUCAGUCCUGUCCCAGACUAUGUGAAGGCCACAGUGGAGACAGUGCUGAAGAUCCAUGAGACCGAGGAUGACGGAGAUGUCCUGGCUUUUCUCACCGGGCAGGAAGAGGUGGAGAAGGUGGUGUCUCUUCUGCAGGACCAGGCCAGGACUCUGUCGCGAUACGGCAUGAAGAAACACCUGAGAAUUUUGCCCAUGUACUCCGGUCUUCCUUACGCCGAGCAGAUGAAGGUCUUUGAGAGGGCGCCCACCUCUGUCCGCAAAGUUGUGGUGGCCACUAACAUAGCUGAGACCUCCAUCACUAUAAAUGGAGUCGUAUUCGUCAUUGACUGUGCAUUUGUGAAGCUGCGGGCGUAUAACCCUCGCACUGCCAUUGAAUCGCUGGUGGUUACUCCCAUCUCCAAGGCGUCAGCCAGCCAGAGGGCUGGGAGAGCUGGACGAAACCGACCUGGAAAAUGCUUUAGACUUUACACAGAGGAGGACUUUGAGAAACUGCCUGCCUCCACUGUGCCAGAGAUGCAGCGCACCAAUUUGGCCCCUGUCAUCCUGCAGCUCAAAGCAUUAGGCAUUGACAACGUGCUGCGGUUCAACUUCCUGUCUCCUCCUCCAGCUCAGACCAUGGUUCAGGCCCUGGAGCUGCUCUACGCUCUGGGAGGUCUGGACCAUUACGGACGUUUGACUGAUCCCAUGGGUGUGCGGAUGGCAGAGUUUCCUCUCAGCCCCAUGUUUGCCAAGAUGCUCCUGGAGUCAGGAAACUUUGGCUGCUCCAAAGAGAUUGUUACCAUUGCGGCAAUGAUGCAGAUUCAGAACAUAUUCGCCGUGCCGCCCAAUCAGAAGAAAGCUGCCGCCCGAGAGCACAGGAAAUUCGCAGUUGCUGAGGGAGACCACCUCACCAUGCUGAAUGUGUAUGAGGCAUUCAUUAAGCACCAGAAGAGCUCUCAGUGGUGUCAGGAACACUUCCUCAAUUACAAGGGUCUGCUGCGGGCUGUGACUGUACGAGAGCAGCUCCGGCGUCUCAUGAACAAGUUUAAGGUGCCGCGCACUUCGAGUGAAGGUGACCCUGAUGUGAUCUUGAAGUGCAUUGUAUAUGGGUUUUUCGCGAAUGCAGCCCGCAUUCACCAUUCUGGUUCUUACCGGACUUUACGAGACGAUCGUGAGCUUCACAUUCACCCCAACUCUGUGCUGUUUGGAGAGAAACCUCCUAAAUGGGUUGUUUUCAAUGAAGUGGUUCAGACAUCAAAAUACUACAUGCGCGAUGUGACUGCUGUUGAGUCGUCCUGGUUGGUCGAGUUGGCCCCUCACUUUUACAAGCAGGCCAAGCAUGGUUCACUGGCCAGCAAGAGGUCCCGGGUCCUUUAAAUCUUACCAUCCUUUCAUCACGUUAGGACAGGAAGACUCCUCAAACUAAAGGGAGAAGCCCCGUCUCAGAUACCUCUGUGCUCCUCUCCAUUUCAUUGUAUAUAAAGAUGUAAUAUAUAUUUAUUGUCCAUGUCCACCUGCACAACCCCUCACCACUAUGUGGCCAAGCUGGAAUAGGAUUGAGUGGAUACAUUUUUUAAUGUUGACUUCAUAUGAAAGGUUAUGUCUGGCCUUUGCGCAGUGAUGUUUAUAUGUGAUCAGCGAGAGUAAACGCUGAUGAAUGAGAAAAUGAGACCAGGAUGCGUCUGACUGGUUUCCAUUCAAGCGUGGUCACGUAGUUCACUUCAUUCAUACUUGUACAUAGUCAGAGCAGGCUCAGGUCCAGGGAACGUGUACCACCGGCUGUCCACACCUGGUUCUUGGCUUCAUUAUUUUUUUAAUUGCUGUAUUUUCCUGCUGCAUGAUAAAUAGUGGAAGACAAUGGUAUGUGAGGAUGAUUCCCUUUGAGAGACUCACGGGUUAGUUUUUUGGGUUAGUGCCUUUAUGUUUUUAACUGGUUUACUUUAACUCCAAUUUAUUUUUGAUUUCGUAACUUUCCGUACCUUCAUACAGAAUGUAUUGGUAUAUAUAUAUUCAGAUAUUUGCCGCAGGAGGAAACACAUUUAUCUUUUCCAUUUAAUAACGAUACUGUGAAAAGGCCGCUUUACUUUUUUGAUCCUCGUUUUCCACUCCGUAUCGCCACUUAACUCCAGUCUAGCGCCGACACAGUGGCCUUGUCACCACUCUGUGCCAAUUCUUUCUUUAUCAGCCUAUUUUUUAGCAUUUCAUUUAUUUUCUUUCAGACGGAAUGUGUAAAUACACCCAAGCAUUGUAAAUGAAAAGCUGUGAAAUCAAAACUAAAAAUGAAGUGCCAUUUGGUCCUGUGAUGACAUUAAGUGCAUUGAGACACGCGUCCAGAGCCUCAAAGACACAGUAGCAUUUAUCCGAUUUCAGCCGUCUCUUUGGCGAUCAUGAUUGCCUUCCUUCCUACGGUUCGUCUCAGUUUUGACAAACCUUAUUGUACUUUUUGUCCCAUUACUGUCACCAUCAUGGACCAGGUGUUCAGUAAAAGGGAUGAUUAUUUGUGAUUUCCAGUCCACGUUGACUGCACGUGUUCUACAUUUCCCGCUUUUGUUUUUGUUCUUAUAUUUCUGUUUUUCUUCAGAGGUAUUUGGCCCUGAAAGCCUCAGUGAGCAGUAUAUUAAAGGUCUGUCAUUUGCUUUCAAACCACCAAGGUCACUGUCACCAAAUUUUCACUUCUGCCUGCAUGGUUUUUUCGUAGAUCUUGUUCUUGAGGUUACUACUGUAGGUAGAUUCAGUGAAGCUGUAAUCAAACCACAGAACAACACGCCAUACCGUAGUUAGGUAAGCCAACUCAAAUUAAAUGGAUAUACAAAUGAAGUACCUCUGCAUGUUAAACGGUACUCUGAUGUAGACUAUACACUUAAGGUCACCUCGUAGAUUUUAUUGCAAAUGAAACCAUUUGCCUAUUGACUUGUUUAUCCUCGUUUGUGCUGAUACGGAGUAUGUACGCAGCCAAAGCAGUAAUCUGUAGACGUGUAAUUGCUCACCUCUGAGAUAAAAACUGUCACCUGCCAUUUCUUCCUCACAUCCUCAAAUAAAGCCUUAUUGUCAUG